AUGUCCGUCAACAUUAAAGAUAAUGGGUCACGUUCCCUAAACAGAGCAGUGCAAACAGAAACAAGAACAAACUCAAGAAUAGAAACGGAAGCCGGUGUCAGAGCCGAUUCUUACUCAACCUCAAAUAAAUCGCCUACAGUUCAUUCAUCAAGAAGAAAAGUAGGCAAUCCAGUGAUUCUUGUUAUUGAUUUGGUCUCAAUCCUUAUUGGUCUCUACGGUUUCUACACAAGUGUAUUCGUUAUUGAAUUACCUCCACAUUUGGCACAAGCUGGUCAUGGGCAAUUUCUUACAAACUUAUCGUUAGUCUACUCGCUCGUUGUUUUUGCCAUUGGCUUUUUGGCACACCUCACUGCGUCACAAACCCUUUUCAAAUUGAAGAAUAACCUCCAUCCCAUCGGACUUGCUCUUGAAACUAUUGUUGCCGGCGUGUAUUGGCCAUUAAGGUUAUUUUUCCUUCAUUUGCUUACAAAAGAACCCUCAAAAUUCAACUUCCCAUUGCUCACCGACUUAUCAGUCCACUUGAUGCCAAUUGUAAGCUUGUUGAUUGAUUACUUGGUGUUUAUGCCUAGAUGGACCAUCGAAAACAACACAGCAUUGUCCUUUAUAGUUGCGUUUAUGGUAUUUUACUGGUUUUUGUUGAAAAAUCUAGUGGACACAGCAAAUGGAGCUAGUUACCCAUAUGAGUUCUUGGAUGUAGGAACAGACUUGUACAGAGUUGGAGUGUUUGGUGUGGUUGGAAUGGUUGCUUUUUCGCAAUUCUUAUUUAUGAAGAAAGUUUAUGACGUUGUCGUGGGAAGCACCGAAGACGCACAGGAGGAAAUUGAUAAAAAGUUGCAAUAG